AUGUAAAUCGAUUUUUAAGAAGUUUAAUUAGCUGUUAAGAAUUAUACAAUUACUUAAUUUUCUAAGUAAUUUCUAUUCAUUUAGUAUUAAUUGAGAUUCAAGAUGAAAUCAAAAAACUAAGAUGAAUUUUAUGUUAGUAUAUUAUCCAAAAUCAAUAUAGAUCUACUCUCUUAAAUUUUUGAAUUAGAUAAAUUAUUCAAUCAUGUUUAAUUUCUAAAUUUAAUUACUCUCAUUAAUCUUUAAUAAGAUGAUUUAUCUAUUUAUGUUAUUCUUAAAUAUAAGUAAUAUAACUAAGUUAUUUUAAGAAGAUAUGAUCAUUCAUUAAAAAACAGAUAUGAAUGA